AAACCUCCCCGCACAAAACACCAACGCUACCCACACGCACACCACCACACCCACGCCCUUCGCUGCCUUUAAACCCGGCUCCAACACCACACGCAACAACUUCCCUUUCUACAUUAAAGCCUCUGCACACACACACAACGCAACCUGUCAGGCAGGGGACAGGACGUUUCAAUAACACGCUGGGCAGGCACUCCUCGCAUUCUCAAAGCCAUAGACGCAUACCAAAAUCACAUCACCACCAAUGUUUCCAGUUCUUGUCUUACAGACUUGACCGAUUCUUUCCCCCCCGUGUGGUAUGGACAAAGUUGGCAAUCUACGCAUCACAGCAAAAAUCAUUCCUACUUACUGUUUCGGAGACACUUAAGGAACGGGCAGUGAGAGUGAGCGAGCGGCUGCGUGGUGCUUAGUUGCCGGCUGGGGUUAAACCACAACAGGAGCAUACGAAAGACUUGGAGACAAAGCCUGAUGAGUCAUCUCUGUUCUGCCGCCUCGAUGCGUUCAGGAAUUCUCACCUCUCGUGCUUUUCACUGUUCCAUAAAUGAGUCACAGUACAUCACAGACAGCGGCAUACCUGAAAGCUACUACAUGCAGGAUCUCUUUCUCAGGGCCGUGAGAGCGUGCAACGGUGACAACUGGCGAACGUCCAUCUCGGGCACGGAACUGGCUCUUCCCGAUUUCUUCAAAGCCUACGAUGACUGUACAGCCGCCUGUGAAGGCUCCCGAGAGAGCAAAGAUUUUAAAGACUUCUCUCUCUCCAUCGCAGGCGAGUGGUUAGGAAACAGGAAGGGAAGAUGUUCCAAAAGUGCGUUUCAGUUUAUCCGUGGGAUUGGCUACCCAAGUCCCGUUCCUCAGUUUGCAGUGGGAAAUGCGCAUGGUGCCCCCUGCUCAGUUUAGGCCAAUACGAGUUCAUUAGAUUCCCGGAAAACUGCUUGAAU